AUGGGUGAUUGUGUUGGUAUUGAUAACCAACAAUUUGUCGAGAUUUUUGAAAAGGAAUUAAUCAAAUUUAAAGAACAAAUUGAAGAAGGAAAGAAAAAAGGAAGAAUAGAAUUAAAUCCUGCUACUGUUCAAUUAUUUAAUGGAUUAACUAAUCCUUCAUAUGGAACAAUGGAUAUGUUACAAAAUGAAUUUGAACAAAUUAAAAAAAUAUUAAUAAAAGGUAAUGAAGAAGAGUCAGAGAGUCCAGAAAUAGUAAGAACAGAAAUACCAAUAUUACCAUUAUUUUUCCUCCAAUACUGUGCAAUUGAAGAGCUUCAAUUUGAAAAAUUAAGGUAUCAAUUAGAAAUUAAUAAAUAUAAUAUUCCAGAAGUAUUAAUUACAUUGUCAUUAGACAAAGUAAAAAUUGAUAAUCUUAGAGAAUUUUUAGUUAGUGGAGGAAGUGUAGUUUGGAAACAAUUACAAUAUUUAACAAUUUUAAAUGCAGGUAUUAGGUCAAUAGAUGAUGGGUUAUUUAUUGAAGACUUUUUCCCAGAAUUAUUAUUACUUGACCUUAGUAAUAACGAAAUUGAAGUAUUAGAAAAUAUUGGAGAAAGACCAUUAGAACAUCUUAAAUUAAAUAAUAAUAAAAUAGCAUCAAUUAGAUUAACUGUAGUUGGUUCAAUAAGUAAAUUAGAAUUAAAUGACAAUAAAAUAUCAAAUAUUUUACCAUUAAGUAAUUUCUAUGGACUAGAAAGGUUAUGGUUAGCAAAUAACCAAAUUAAAUAUUUUACUGAUUUUGAGAAAGUAUUUUCUAAAAUGUAUAAUUUAAAAGAUGUUAUGUUAAAUGGAAAUUCAAUUUGUGCAGAUGACUCUUUUAAAAUGAAUAUAUCUACUGUAAUGCCAAUUUUUCAAACAGGAAUAACUGCUGAUAUUACAUUAAAUGGAGUAAAAAUGUCUAAAGAUGAACAAAAGAAAGUAUUAAUGAGAUUAUCAUCACGGUCAUAUUAUAUGCUUGAUGAAAUUCUUGAUGAUAAUGAAAUUCAAAAAGAAAAAGAGAUUGGAAAAAAACAACAAAAAGAAAUUGAAAUGGAAAAAAGAAGACUUAGAGAAAUGAAAGCUAACUUUAAAGCAGAAAAAGAAGUUAGACUUAAAAAAGAACUUGCUAUAUGUAAUUUUUAUCGUAAUUUCUUAUUUAUGAGUAGAAAGACUGGAUUUGAACAAAUGGAAGAAAGACAACGUGGAGAAAAUUAUUUAAAUUAUGUGAAAACUUUAAUUGAACAAAGUAGAGUUAAACAAACAUUAAGUCCACUAGAAGUAGAAAGUGAUGAAAGUGAUGAAGAAAGUGAUAUUGAAAUUCAAGCUAUUGAAGAAAAUGCAGAUGGAACUAUUCCUGUAUUUAGAAUUGAUGUUAGUAAAUGGGUUGAACAAACAUAUUUUGAUAAACAAAUACCUUCUAUGGUUAAUGUUAUGGAGAAUGCUAAACAACGUUCAUUUAAUUUUAAAUUAUUCUUUGAAGAAGAAACAAAUAGAAUGAGAAAAAUUACUGUUGAAAUUCCUUUAAGUAGAAAAGAAUUUACUGGAUAUUUUAAAGAUGUUAUUAAUCAUUUCGAUAAACAUAAAGCAAAUUUCCAACAAAAUGAUAGAAUGAAAGAAGAAAGAUGGAAAAGAGUAUUAAAAAAGAAAGAAGAAGAAAAUAAUCUUUUAGAAGAAGAGAAAAAGAAAGUUAAUACAUUUAAAGGUGUUAGAAGAGAAAUGAAUGAUGGACAUUUAGCACAACGUAUAGAUGAUGCUCAAGUUAGAGUUAAAAAUCAGUUUAUUAAAUGUGAAGGUAAUGCAUCAAGAUUACUUAUUCAAAGUGAAAAAAAUACACAAAGGGCAGUAUUAAAAGAAUUAGAAAAACCAAAAGAGAAAGGAAAUUUAACACAUCAUAGAAGUGAAUUAUUUAAUAAACCAGAAAAUACUUCUUCUAUUGAACAAAUGAUUGAUAAACAAAUUAAAGAAAUGAAAGGAAAUGAAAGUAAAGAAAGAAUAUUUUCUAUUGGGUUGUGUAAUGAUAAUGGAACUGAAGAAGCUAAAAAGAGUAUUUUAUCAUUAAUCAAUCAAUGCAAACCAUUUGAUAUUAAAUCUGAACGUCAAAAAAUUCAAAAUUCUCGUGGUACUGCUCAUAGGCCAAGUGCUUUAAUUGGUUAUUCAAUGUUAUUAAAAGACCAAAAAGAUCCUGUUUAUGCUACUCGAGCUAAAGUUGAACAAGAAGAACCAAAUUUCUUUGGAGAAAAGAAAGAAAAAGAAGAUAUUGAUGUAACAAUGGUAAAAAUGUUUGGAGUAGAAUUCCCAUUAAAAGCAAUGAGAAAGAGAAGAGGUACAAUGAGAGAAAACAGAACUAUUCCAAGAAGAACAGUUGCUUCAAAAUUUAGAAUUGGAAGACAGGCUCAAAGUGCUUUCAUGAAAGUUACUAAACCAACACGUUCAAGAAAUGAACUUGUUGAAGAUGUAUUAGCUCGAGUCUCUGAAAAUAAAGAAGGGUCUGAAAGUAAAACAAGGAUUGUUGUUGGUCGUCAAAGAAGACCAACAGAAGAAAGCAUUAAACCUGUUUUUGAUGAUGGAACGUUACCUCCCGUACCUCCUAAGCCAAGAAGUGGGUUAAUGAAGGAAAGUGCUCCAAGUUCUGAAGAUAAUGAAGACAGUCCAGUUAAAAGAAGACCUAUUAUUAACAUGACCCAACGAGGACAAAGGAAUAGUCCCCUUGCUAUUCCUCCAGAACAGACAUUACAAAAUGUUCCUGCUGUACCUAGUAAACCAACUAGACUUCUCGGUACUGUUGGAACAAAAUGA